AUGUCUGGGAUUUAUCACAAAGCUGCCAAAGAUGGCCUGCUCGAAGUUCUCCGCCAUGUCAACAAGCGAGAUGCAAAUAAAAGAGACGAGGACGGGAUGACACCAGUCCAUUGGGCCGCAAGCUGUGGCAACUUGGAAUGCCUUCGAAUACUUUGUGCGAAAGGGUAAGAUAGCAACAUUUCUAGCUUUUAUUUCUAGGUUUUAAAACAUAUAUGUUUCUGCUUAUUUCCAUACAAAUUACAAGAGGAAAAUUGCUAUGUAAAUUUCGAAGUGUGUAAAUAACUCGCUAACUUAGUCCGACGGCGGCUGCGAAUAAAUUUUACAUAAAAGUUUUUUAAAAGUUUUUAAAUUGGACGAAUAGAUUUCGGGGGAAUUUGGGAAGCCAUUUGAGUGCUUGAGGACAUUUUUUAGUGGUUCUAAAACGCUUUCGGAAACGGUUUGAGAGGUUUUUCCCCUGUAGAUCCCACGAUUUACCCCUGUAGAUCCCACGAUUUUAGUGGAAUAUUUUUAUUCGCUUCAUUGCGUUUUUAUAGAUUAUUCUUCAGCUUGCCGUCUGUAAUUAAAGUAUCGUUAGACUUGAUAGAUAGCUUUGUCAAAAGCUUUUUUUUGUUUAAAAGAUUGUAUUUUCUAUAUAUGUAUUUUCUGCGGCUUAUACUCUGGUGGGCAACUGAAGUCUACUGUACUUGUUCAGUGUUCACACAGCGGAUCGUACAAAUUUAAGCAUUAUUUUGAAGUGUGAACGGAUAAUUAAAAGAACUGAAUAGUUGCAAUUAUAAAUAACACGAACGAAUAUACUGAAUUAUUAGCAACAUUUUUUCGUCUACUGUAAUAGUUUUAAAAAUUCUGACGCGAUUUUGUGGGAUUAGUUUGUGGUUUUUCGAUACCUGCAGCCAGGAAUAGAUUAAUAACAAAGUUUUGCAUUGCUAAUAGCAACUUUAUAAUAUUUUCAAAAUAUUUUGAAGCGUUUUUAGAGUGCUUUUGUCUUGAUGCCACGAAACUAGCUGUAUUAUUGCGCAAGCCAGAAAUCAGAAUAUUCUGUUAUAAGCCUAUCUGAGUGAAUAGUUUAUCAUUUUUGUCAUAAGGAAGGUCUUAAACAAUACUAGUUGCUAAUCUCUUAGCAAACAGAACGUGUAUGUAUACAUUUUUAAAAUUUUUAUAUCACGUAAUUUUUAUCUUUUCCCCUACAAGCCGCAGAUAUAUUGUAUUACUGACGUAGAUCCCAAGCAAUUACGUGAACGCAUUGUUCAUAAAUAAAGUAAAACUAGACAUAGUUUGCCAGCAUAAAAUUGCAUGAAUGAGUAGUGUUGCCUAUGAGAUCAAUGGUGUUGCCAUAUUUACAUAGAUUAGUGAAUUAUUGCGUUGAUGAGAUAAAUAUAGUUUAGUGCACAAGUUUUGCAAUUCUUUAGUAUAGUUUCUAUUGCUCAGGCAGAUCUAGCCUCGGUGGGGGGGGGGGUUAAUUUUUCUAGGGGUAAUGCCUUCUUCCUUAACUACUGCAAAUGUCAUAAAAAAUGACACAGAAAGCAUAGAGUUUCGACAUCUUAUUGGUACUAACCUAUCCCGGUUAAAUAUUAACCCAUUAAGCUGCAAUGCACCCUAGUAUGUCAUACUUACUUUACUCUGUAUAAUGCCACACAAUUCCAGUGCUGAAAAAAAAUUCGACAGCACCAGCAGCAACACUGCCAGAGAAUUUUUAAUAGCAAGAAAUUUUCUUACAUUCAGCAGGAAAUGUUUCCCAUCAUAUAUAUUCAAAUGCCAUAUCAGGCACAGAUUUUCUGGGGGGUGCGCACCUCCCCCCAGAAAUGAUUUGCACACACCCCCAGAGGCAUUUGGCACCGCCCCCAAAAGUUUUUGCACCCCCACAAAUUAUAUAUAUUUUGAUUUGAUUGUUUCAUAUUUGAUUAUUCUUACUACUAAAUUUGUAAAAUUACCAAUAUUAUGGUCUCAGAUCUUGCCAUGCCGGCCUAGAAAACAAAUUUUGUUAAACUUUUUCCUUGGCCUUUCCGGGUGCUGCCACCAGGCCCCGGCCAAAGCAAGCAGCAGCACUCCCCCCAGAUAUUUAUCCACCCCCGAACGAAAAUAUGAAAAUCCGUCUCUGUGCCAUAUAAUUUGCUUCUUGAUAUAAAAUUCCAAAUGUAUUUUUGAAAUGAAAUUGUCAGGUGUGGAGAAAUUAUUUUACUUCAGACACACAACAGUACACCCCCGGCUGAAAAUCUACAAGCACCUGUGCCAGGUGACAGCAUCACUCUGGAUGCCCCUUCAAUGUAAAUUCUUUAAUGAGCUCCCCAUCUUUAAUAUGACCCGUCUUUAGGGGGGGAGAAAUUCAUUAACUUGCACCCCUCUCUAUUAAGCUCCCCCCCCCCCCCAGCUGAGAAACACAUGUCUAGUCAUUUGGUUAUUAUUAUUUCUGAAUAUAUCAAAGCCUGGUGUCUACAAAAAUAUUUUACAAAAAUAUGAUGCAGAAAUGGCUAUCCUUACUUCUGUAAAACCUCCAUCCCAUAUCUCUCUCCUCCGCAGAGGCUUUAAUUGAGCCUCUGCACGAUGCCACACCCAAUAUGGCGGUAAACCGGGGGGGGGGGGCGUAUAAUUAUCAAACGCAAAAUUCAAGUCAAAAUGACUGAGAAAAUAUCUCUUUACAAAAACUGCAACAAGCUGACAAAGAGAUUAUUUACUAGCUCUACGAAAUAAGAAAGUGUUAUGUUCAGUUUGCGAGAAAACAUCUGCAUUUUUUCUACACAAGGUCUCCAUCUACAGUAUAAAACAAUGCACGGAAACAACGUUUUAGCGAACAGGUUUUGGUUGCAAGCGAAGAAACUUUUAUUUAAAUUUAUAUUUGACAUUCGUAUUUUUAGAAAUGUGUCCAAAACCGCAUAAAAGAAAAAAAUGAGUAUGUAUAGCAUACAGAACCAUUAUUAAAUUUAUUAUCAAGACUGAAAAUACAAUUCAACUAUUUCAACUUCAGCAAUAUUUAUAAACAAACGCGACCUUCAGUCGGUUUCGAUCUAAUUUAUUUGGAGGUUCGUAUCUUUGGUUCAAUAUACGCUGUGUAGAUGAAAAUACCACCGUUCGAUUCAGUACAAAAAUAUCUCCUAGUUUCUAUCGAUAGUUUUAGUGAAAUGUCAACACUAUAGCGAUUUACGACCUUUGAAAGUCAAGCGGGAUUUUGUACAUUAAUAUCAAAUCACGCAAUGUUUACACUUGAUAAAAAUAUAAACUAGGCAAAGUAGGCAUACCUUUCGGCGAACAUAACUUCGGAUCCUUGGGACGCAUCCUCUUUGUAUUACUCUUGUUCGAAAGCGAAUUCAAAACACUACUUAGAGUGUUAUUUUUGAGCUUGUAUCUUGAAAACGUCAUCUUUUAUUAUGGUAUGUCCAUUCCUGGUCUGAUUGUGAACUAAUUCCCGAACAUCAGCGUGUGACAGGCGCGUGCGACUGUGCGAGUAAAAACCCGACAUUUUGAAAAAUUAAAAAUAAAUAUUUCUACUGGCCAUAUUCAAAAGAAAUUUUCUACACGAAAGCGCUUGAAUACAAGGAGUAUUUUACUUCUUUGACUGGUGGCGAAUUCCGAAGAGUUCAAGAAAUAUUCAAGUUUUUCUCGAUACGUAAUACAGAAUGUUUGGCCAAGCGGUGAGUAAAAUAUACGAUUGUUUGCUUUGUGUAUUAAAUGUUAAAAAAUAUUACUUUUGACCAUCCACAAACAUGCAAGCACUAGUCAAUGAGGUCAAUCAAUCAUGCAUUAAAUAAUGAUUUAAUUUUCAAAAAGACGUUUCUUGUUUAGCUUAAAAAUCACCUUUUGUUUCGAUGUUUACACUUUGUCCCACUUUGUCCCACUUUGUCCCACUUUGCGAUGCAAAUCGUGCAGAGGCUUCGCGCCUUCCUUCGCCUUUCCCUUUGCCGCCUGCGCUCCUUCGCCCAGCGGCUACGCUCGUGUUCCAAGAUCCGCCAUGUAAAGUGUAGUGAAAUGUAUUUCAUCGUAAUAUUAAAUCCUAAGAAAACUAAAGCCUCUUCGGAGGAGAGAGAUCCCAUACUAAGUCCAUCCAUCUAACACUAAAACACGCAAACUGGACAACGUAAAUACUGAUUUUACAGGCCUUUAUACUAUAUAAAACAUGCAAGAAUAAAUACAUAACUACACUACUGUGAAAUUAUUUGUGAGGUUCAGUUUUGACCCCCACCAGCACCAGCACCACUAGUUAGAAACCACGAACCACUUACAUGCAAACCAGGUCAGCGCGAGGUAGUGAUAGCGGUAAUGGAAGUCAAAAGUGACUCCAUAAAUUAGUACAUUUUAUCUAUUAUAAAUUAGUACAUUUGCAAAGAUUGGUUGCAAAAUGUUGUAAAAUGCGGAACAUUUUCGGCCCAAAGUGGUGCAUUUCCUCGGGCGUAAUACAAAUUAAUACAAAAUUUGCAAAUUUCGUAGGGCUCUGAUAAACUUUACUAGUUUCUUUAGAUCCCUUGGACUGAUCAAAUGAAACCUGAAUUGGUUUAUCGCACUACAGAUUAAGCAGGGUUUUUGUUGCUUCCUUGCUCCAUACUUUCCCUCUGUUUCUCAGUCUUGACGGCGGCCAUUUUGCUUAAUGUUAAUUCCCGCGAAAUAUUUCGCGCAACCGAAAAGUGCUGAAAUAGCAAAAUUUUGGGCACGGUGCCGCUUAUUUGGCGGGCCGAGACUACCUCAAGAGAUGGUCUCGGCCCGCCAAAAAUUUUAGGUACACGUACUGCAAUCGGACAGGGCCGGUGCCGUUUACACGACAAAAAUCAGGAGUGCGUGCCCAAAAAAAUUGGUCCGCGUGCCAAAAUUUAAGCGUGCCGUGCCCAAAACGACUGUCGUGUAAACGGGCCUUGUAUUAUUUAGAGAAAUACCAACACGUGCAUGGGUGUGUAUCCAUGCUCUUUGACUUGCCAAGGCAGAUAUCCAAUGCGAAAACCUGCCAAAACAUCUCAACGAUCUGUAGCUGUUUAGUUUUUGGUUUAAAACCCAAAUUCACAGUACUCUUUCAAAAAUAUACGUUUUUAGUGAAAGCGUAUAAACAUUGCGCCAUAAUUUAUGCGUGUAUUUUGGCAUAUAUUAUUAUUUUAGCCAAUAGGAUUUUCGCGUCCUCUCACGACCCCGAAAUACCAAAUUUCCUUGAGAUUGUUGCAGACCUAUAUUCAAUGGGCCUGCCACGUAGGCUAAGAAUUGCUGCACCUUCUCUGAAAAUUCAGGGGUUUAUUACAUUAAGCCACAUUAAGCCUUGCUUAUAAGUUCACUAAUAUAUGCUUAAUGCGGCGAGUUCCCAUUACCUAUAUCCAUCUACAUAUAAAAACAUACCGGAUCGCUUUUACCAAUUUCAACAAACUAUACAUUUAACAAACUUUUUCUUACGACACAAAUUGGAGAAAAUUCUGUCUUUUGUAAGUUAAUACAUUACUAUAUAAACCUGCACGGCUUUACAUCAAUAAUAAAGCCACGUUCGUUUUAACACGGCCUUCUAGCUAAGACCAUGUGCACCUUGUAUAAUUCUCCUGAGAAUUGCUGUACCUCCCCUGAAAAUUCAGGGGUAUUAGAUUAAGCCUUGCUUAAGUUCGCUAAUGUAUGUUUAAUGCGUUGACAAGGGAUGUAUCUAUAGUUCUAUUUUGCUUACUUUUUUCUGGUAUUUUGAAAGGUAUUGUUACUUCUCUGAGGACGGAGAGAAAGACGAUAUAUAUGUGAUGCGUCCAUUUCCGUCAAUGUGGAACUGUCGAGUCUUUCAUCCGUAUGGUUUGGACCCAUUCUCUGGUGAUGCGAGAAAAUUACAAGGUUUUUCUCGUUCUCUUGAAAUAUUGACUUACAUGAGAAGUGAAGCGUCUCGCUUGGGUAUGCAAAGUGGUGAGUGACAUGUUUUGAUGUUUUACAAUCUUUUAACCGAAAAACAGUUCACAUUGCGAUGAAUAAUUCUCACUUCCUCCCCCCUUUCCCCUUGGCGCUUAUUUCCCCCCUUGGUUCUGGACUGGGGGGUUAUUAGGGGGGGGGGGGAUAGAGUCUGGGGGCUAAAUAAAUUUUCACGUUUUUGUAAAAAUAUGUGAAGGCUGCUUUUCAGUUAGGAUGUUUGGUAUCUCACUGGAUAGAACUAAUUGUUGAGGGAUUUGUUUUGUAGAUGGACAUUUCGAGCGUAAAUUUUACACAUCAGAUCUGACCAGGAGCAGUUGCGAAAAUUGUAACUAUCGGCCCUGCGAUUUCCGUGCAGCACAAUAACCAGCUGAGCUAUACAGAGUCAAGCUCUAACCGCAAGUUCAUGUAUAUAUAGACCCAUUGCACUGACGUCACAAAUCCUUAGAGUGUCCUCCAGAUGCUCAUAACAAUAUAUGUUCGAGUACAACAAACACAUACAGCUCAAAAAGUAACCAUUUUAAUACAAAAUUAUUAUAAAGUUUUACAAAAUUUGCUUUGUUUACAAAAGUUAUCAAUAUUAUGCAUAGAUUGCUAAUUUGUCCUCCAGAUGCAUCGUCACCGGCGCUGUGACGUCAUGUGCAAUGGGUCUAUACGCCAUGCAAUUUAGCUUAGUUGAUUAGAGCGUUACACUAGAAUUGUAGAGCCGCAGUUUCGAUUUGUGCCAGAGGGUCAGAUCCAAACAAAUGUAUAAAAUUAACGCUGGAAAUUUCCAUUUACAUAAUCCUUCGAAAUAUUGGCAACCAUUUCAUUAUAGGUAACGAAUGUUCAGGCAACAAAAGGCUAGAUGAAAUUUGUGCCGUUAUAUUUCCCUGGGACAAAAAGGAACUACCUACACCGCUAGAACUGGUGAAUGGAGUCUUCCAUUUUCAUCCAAAAAUAUAUGAAUAUUACACUAGCCACCCUGAGGACAAAGGCUAUUUGAGGGAAAAUAAAUUACACUUUCACAUUCGGCGAAAUAAACAUAACGUUGAUGAUUCUGCCGUUGACUAUGACGAGCAUGACCGUGACCAUGAUUUAGAAAAAACCCCAUGUCUAAACAGUAUUUUUGGGAUGGAUUUUCCUAGUAAAGAUGAACAGUGGAUGUAUGAAGAUUCGCGAAAGUUUUAUAAGUGGUUGCAACCAAUUAUGUAUCCGUCAGUCGCUAUAUAUGUUGGAGAAGGCAAGUUUAAUCCUGUUGCGAUCUUUAUGUUAGCACAACUUGCCCCUGGGUGGGUAGGUGGGGCACUGACCGCAUACAUUUGGACAUGAGUAGAUGUUAUUGGCCGCAGUCCCCCUUCCACAGGGUCGGUAAGGCAGGACAUUGACUGUGCCUAUUAUUACUUUGUUUGUCAGUAUUUUGGCGUUGAAGAUGUAACUGCAGUUAAUAUGUAAUGUUAUAGUACUGUAUAUAAUUACAUGUGUUGAAAGGAGUAUGUUAUAAUUAAUAUUGCCAGAUACCAUCUUGUUAGUGGCGAAGCUAGCCAUGGGAACAGGUCAUGCUGUGCAAAUUUUUAAUCAUGUAUUGUCUGCAGGUUUAUAUUAUUAGGAAGGCAUGAUCAGUUCCCAUGGCUAUAAAUAGUAUGCUAAGAUAUUUUUUAUAGAUGAGUUAAAACUCAAGAGUUGUGUUUAGUUAAGUUAGGAGUAUAAUGUGAAUGUAGAAAAGAGUCGGUCAACGCUCUGCCGAAAGUCGUUGGUUUUUUCCGGGUGCUCCGGUUUUCUCCCACAGGGAAAGUUGACAGGUGGGUUAGGAUAAACACAGAGUAUAUCAGUUAGGAUGAACACAGUUAAGAAAGUAGUAUCACAAUUGUUGUAAAGAUAAAAUAAUCCAGGCUAAGUAUGUAAUUAGGUAAGCGUAUAAUACUUGAUGUAAAGCGCAUUUGAUUAUAUUCACAUGUAAGUUUGCGUUAUAGAAAUGCUAAUCGCACCAACACGCGAACCUCCGGCAACAGCCACAUAAACAAAUGAAGAUGCGCUGUAACGAUCCCAGCCAUGGGCUUUAAUAAAGGCCACACUCUCUAACGGUAGCUAAAUAUUUCUGCGGAGUUUCUUCCUGCACCACAAGCCACAAAUAUAUGUUGCUUUUCUCUCCCACCACUCGCUGUGCCACUUCUUGUGAUUCACAUUUCUUGUGAUUUCCUCUUGCUUUUUUUCUUUGCUCUCCAUCUUCUCAAGUACUGCUUCUUUCAACUGGUCGAAGCCACAUUUUAGUUCCUUUAAA